AUGUGCUUCCCCGGAUUUCAGGCUGCUGCUCGAGAUUUCCCCCCUCCGCAUGACGACGACAACGUUGCGUUUGUUUUGCCCACUCCCUCCCAUCUCCACCCCCCAUGCCGCCGGUACCAUCGUCCUCCAGCAACAGCAACAACAACACGGCAAGCCCUGCAGCAAAGCAGAGACAUACGCGUACAAAGGACGGAUGCCUCACAUGCCGUCGACGACGCAAGCUGUGCGACAAGGAGCAUCCUACGUGCUCGUCUUGCUCCCGCCUGGACCUGUAAUGGGACUCCUAGUCGGCAGCUUGCACCACCAUCCCAGUCUCACGGUCCUCUGAGCCUGCUGGGAUGGGUAGCGGAUGCGUCAACGCCGGUCACGCCCGGCACGCUGGAUAUCUUGACCUCGCCCAACGGUUCUCAUCGCCGAGAUUCGGGUUCAGCCACCAUGGCUGGGCCGUUCGCGACACGACGCACAUCUACCAUCGCCGACUCGAGCCCCCAACAGGUGUCUCCACUGUCUGCUCCUCAAACGAGUCCGUAUGGCAUUUCGCCUGUUAUCACUACCCAAUCCCUGCUCCAUGGCGGCUCGGGCUCAGUUUCUUCCCUUCCCGAGACGUCGCCAGAUAAGACGUCGUCCUUCAUUGGCACCGACUUUUUUGAUGCGUUCAACCUCGGCAUGUUCAACUUGGACGAGGAAACCCUCCAGCUCCUCGCUGUCGACUGCAUGCAGCCGCUUGCUCACCCAGCACUCGAGACCCCAGUCACCACAUCGCUCUCGCAAGGGCGUGCCAGCUCACCAUCGUCAAAUGGCACCGGAGCCUCGCACUCGGACCUCAUGCAGCACUUUCAAGGCACUCUGUCGCGCCUCGUCUCGUGCUCUGGUGACUCGAGGUCGUUUGCCGCCUUCACGACGCUUGCCAACGAGGGUCAAAGCUCGAGUCGGGCACUGUACCUCUCCAUCCUGGCGUGGGCCGGCCGGCAUUUGGCAAACUCGGGCAAGGCAAAGUACGAAGCUGUGAGCGAACGACUGGGCGAACAAGCAAGCACCCUUGUCCUCGCCCAGCUUGCCCAGGAAACCGAGGAAAAGGACCGGAUGACCUUGCUUGCUGCGGCUCUCAUGGUCAUGCAGUUCAAGAUCUGCCGUGGUGACGUCUGGGGAUUCAACGAUCUCGUUGUGCGCACGAGUGCCUUGGCCACGACCUUGUUUGCGGACGUGGAUCCAGCGCGGGACUCGACGGCGGCGCAAAUAUUCGACAACUUGGUCUACCACGACAUCCUCAGCAGUUUUGCGUACACGCGGGACACGAUGCUUCCCUACUCGAUUGUGGCAGCACAGAGCCAGACAUCGCUAGACGCGCUCCACACAUUGACAGGUGUCAACCUCCCCCUGUUUGCCAAAAUGUACCGCAUCGCGGCUGCCCACCGCCAGCGGCGAUCCUACGUCGCAGGCAUCAACGAUGAGGCUCUCCUCGACACGGUUCGCUUCGCUGAUGAACUCGAAGUCGAGUUGCACGACGAGAAGCGCCGUCUUGACGCUCUUGUGCUUGCAAAACCAGAGAUGCAAACUCACCGCUACCUCCACGAGGCGUUCCGCACUUCCAGUCUCUUGCAAAUUCGAGGGUUCGUCCUGUGCGAGCCGCCCUCGUCGCUGCGCAUGCGCCUUUUGGUUCGCCAGUCGCUCUCUUUGCUGGAGGCCAUGGCCGAGCAAAACCUGCCCGGGUUUUGCUCCAUCCACUGGGUCUUGUUCAUAACCGCGCUGUGUUGCAUCCCGGGACACCACGACAGCCAGCUCGACGAUCGCCAGCGUAUCAACAAGCUGUACGACAGCUUUGAAACCGACUAUGGAGGGUUCCUCAACAUCCAUAGGUCAAAGAAGCUGGUGCGCGACGUGUGGGCGCGGAACCAAGAGGGACGAGUCUUUGUCGACUGGAUCGACAUUGUGCAAACUGAGCUGGACUGGGAAAUCUUCGUCGUCUAA